UUUUUUAACUAAUUAUUUUUACGACAAUUUAUUUCGACUCUAAUCAUAGGGAACCCGGCGACUUGAGUCCAUAUCAGUCGAGCAUCUUCUCACCCGUCAAGCCCUCGUCCAUGGAGGAUGACCUCAGCAACGAUAAAGCAACGGUCGACACCACCAAAGCCGACCGAUCUGUCUGGCUCAUGAAGUGCCCGCCCGUCGUCUCCAAGGCGUGGCAGGCCGCCGCCGCCGCCGAAUCGCCGCCGGUCGCCAAAGUCGUCGUCUCCCUUGAUCUCCUCCGGCCCGAAGAUCCCUCCGCCCUCAAAUUUACUAUGGAGAUGGAUGGGAGUGAGGCUCUGAAUAUACCCAAGGGCUACUCGCUCAACAUGUUCAAGGAUUUUGUUCCCAUGGGCAUUUUCUCUGAGACAAAUGAAGGAAAAGUAGCAAUGGAAGGGAAGGUGGAACGCAAAUUUGACAUGAAGCCUCACCACGCAAAUCUUGAAGAGUACAGAAAACUGUGUCGAGAAAGGACAAAUAAAUCCAUGGUCAAGAAUAGACAAAUUCAGGUGCUUGAUAAUGAUCGUGGUGUGCACAUGAGACCUAUGCCUGGGAUGAUGGGACUGGUUACAUCGGCUUCUAAGGAAAAGAAAAAAGCAGCUCCAGUGAAGGGUUCAGAUAUGAAAAGAACAAGAAGGGACCGUGGGGAGCUGGAAGAUAUCAUGUUUAAGCUUUUCGAACGGCAACCUAAUUGGACAUUGAAGCAGUUGGUACAAGAGACAGAUCAACCUGCUCAAUUUAUGAAGGAGAUAUUGAAUGAGCUUUGUGUGUACAAUAAAAGGGGAGCAAAUCAAGGUACAUAUGAGCUGAAGCCAGAGUAUAAGAAAUCCACCGAGGAUACAGUUAGUGGUUUGGAACUUACUGAGGAUAAGAAGCAUCUUCUAUCUUCUUUUAAGAGUACAUGUCCUGUUGCCGGUUAUUUCGCCCUCGUACCUCGCCGGAAUUCUCACCGGAUAUCAAUUCUCUGCGCCACUAACAGGAGGAAGCAAUUUGGGAUCGGAAAAUUCGACAAAUUGGUGCUCGAAUCAGCCUGUGUCAUGGCAUCAAAGCUAGGGUUUCUACCCGAGCCAUUAGGGUUGUUGCUGAGGCAAUGUGUUGGCGGCGACGGCCGGCGGUGGCCAUGGAGGUGGGAAUGGGUUCUGGAACGUGUUCGGGCGGGGCUGGUCCGAUGGGUGGAGAAGGAGGGGGAAGGGGAAAUUGGGGAUGGUGGGCAUCUUGGUAAUUUGUGGGUUGGUUGGCACGUGGUUUGUUCUGGGUAA